AUGCGAACUGCAAGAAUUCAUCCUUAUUAUGCAGCUGUUAGAAUAUCAUUAAAUCAUAUAGAAAAUAAUUCACGAUACUCUUUGACAUAUUUACUACGAACACUAAAUCGUCGUUUUUUAUUUUCAAUAAGCAUACUAAUGAUUAUUCUAAUUUGUGGCUUUGUUAUUCCACUAACAAUCAUUUUAAGUCAUGGCAAAAAAACAUAUCAAUCACCACCACCACCAACACGAACAACAACAGAUAGAAUUUUGGAUUCAACAAUAAAUACAACAGAAUUUGAUGAUUCAACAAUAAAUAUUGAUACAUCAAUGACUAACAUUGUUACUGAUAUUUAUUUGGUAUCAAAUAACACCUUGGAAAAUAAUGCUAAUAAUAGUAUCAUCUUGACAACUGGUACUGUCAUAAAUACUAAUUGA